AUGAAGCAGUUGGAAAAAUGCGAGUCAUUCUUCUCCAGCAAGAUGGCUUCGUUCCUCAGCGAGCCAGGCCAAAAGUGCUUGGUCGAAGACGAGGAGAACUUGGACCCCCGUUCGGCCGAGAGAGCCAUGGUGAUGGAAAGCCAAGCAUUUUGGCAAGAGCAUGACCAACCAAAUCAGAAAGGUCAUGCAACGAACAAUGGCGAAGGACGCUCGAGUUGGGCGUUUGCGCCACAGUUCUUGCUCACGGGCUCUGCACAAGUGCCACCUGGAGGCUUAGCUGGAUUGGCUGGCACGUUCAGCGCGCCUGUGGGCACAGCAGGACAGCUGGCUGGUAGCCUGCAAGCGCCCGUGUCAGGUGCCCUGCAUGGCAGUUUGCGAGUUCCGCUGAGCUCUCCACACAUCUUGCUCUCCAGCCCGGGACCGGCAGUCCGAGAGAUCAACCCCGCAGCAGAUGCAGAGGAGGACAUGCGACAACGAAUCCAGAGUUCUGUCAGGCGGAUCGUCACGAGCGCGCAGGUCAAUGCCUCAAUCCAUCCAGAGUCUGUCAACAAAACCCUGAG